AUGGCUAAAUUUCUUGAAACCAAAGAGACUUAUUUUCUUCUUCCAGCCCUCUUCUUGCCUAUACUUUUUAUCAUAAUCAAGAACUUAAGAUCUUAUUUCGUCUCAAGAAACAGCCCAAAACUUCCACCAGGGCCAAAUCCAUGGCCAAUUUUAGGCAACAUUCCACACAUAGGACAUAUGCCUCAUGUUAGUCUAACUAACUUAGCCAAAAUCUAUGGUCCUAUAAUGUCUCUAAAACUAGGAACUCAGUGUAUGAUUGUUGGAUCAUCAGCAGAAGCUGCAAAAGAAAUCCUAAAGUCGAAGGACCGGAAUUUUUCAAGCCGAUGUAUUCCAAAGGCUCUUCCAGCUACAAAGGAAGAACUUAAUCAUUUGUCCCUUGGAUGGGCAGAUUGCAAUGAUAAUUGGAAGUCUUUACGUACAUUAUGUCGUGCUGAACUUUUCUCGAACAAGGCUUUAGAGUCUCAAGCUAGAUUGCGAGAGAAAAGUAUAACUAACCUUAUCAAUUUUGUGGGAUCAAAGGAAGGUGAGGAGGUCAAAAUUGCUGAACUAGUUUUUGCAACUGUGUUCAAUAUUUUGGGGAAUUCUAUGAUGUCGAGAGACUUUAUUGGAUUCGAGGAAAAGAACGCGGAUGGAGGGAUGAAAGGCAUCAUAAGGGCUUAUAUGGAGGUAUUAGCUGCUCCAAAUUUAUCUGAUUUCUAUCCAAUUCUCAGCAAGCUAGAUCUUCAAGGUAUUCGCAGGAAGUUGGCUGUUUUGAUUGUGAAAAUUCGUGCUGUGUGGGAAGCAAUCCUUGAAGAAAGACGAAACGGGAGGAAUAAGUCUUCGACAAGUCAAGAUUUCUUGGACACCCUUCUCGACAACGGUUUUUCUUGUAAUCGGAUCAACCAGUUGUUUUUGGAGUUGUUCUCUGCUGGCACAGACACAACUACCUCGACCGUCGAAUGGACAAUGGCAGAACUGUCGAAAAAUCCCGAGGCCAUGAUGAAUACCAUGUUUGUAACGUUCUUUACUCACGGGUUUCCAGACCACAUAACAAAGCUCCCAAAAUGGGAGUUUUAUGCUCUUUUCCUUCAACUGGUUCAACACAGAAGUACAGACAAUAUGAGCAUUGUUCAUCAUGGUAGCUGUGAAAUUUUCUUACGAGUCCAGACCCAAAGCUCUGAAUCUUAUCUGAAUUUCCUUCAAUGUAACCAGACUAGAAAUUAUAAAAGUGAGGGCUGUGUAGCCCUCAUAAUAGUAGGCUCCCCAACUCGAUGA